GGAGGAGGAAAAGGAGGAGGAGUUCAUCCUCCUGAAUCAGGUCUCACUGCCCCGGGAGAGAUAAAAAGCCCAGCGCCCCGCCACCGGGAAGUGGUACAACAUAGUUUCUCCUGAAAAUUUUGGAACCAGAGAGGGAAAGAGAGGAAAGAAAUGCAUUCCUUCAUUAUCUUCCUUUCAUUGCUUUCGCUGACCUCGGGAGCAGGUGACUGGUGCUAUGACUCCCAAGAAGCGCAUUGUGGACCCAGUAAUUGGAGCAUUCAUUUUCCAUUUUGUGGAAUGUCGAAUCAGUCCCCAAUUAACAUUGAAACCUGGGAAGCUAAGCUCGAUUCUUCUUUGGGUCCCAUUAACUUUGAAGGCUAUGGUGAUUAUGAUGAAGAUAAGGAAUGGACUAUUAAAAAUAAUGGGCACUCGGUUCAGGUGGAUUUAACAGGAGACAUCACUAUUAGUGGUGGAGGUCUUCCCAGCACAUUCAAGGCACUUCAGUUCCACUAUCACUGGGGAACGACAACUCUCCCUGGGUCAGAACAUACUAUAAAUAGGGUGCAGUACCCCAUGGAGUUACAUAUAGUCCACAAGAAUGAAAAGUACUCCUCGGUGACAGAAGCUUCAAAACAUCAAGAUGGUCUGGCUGUACUGGGAUUUAUAUUUAUUGAAUCAGAAGAAGAAAAUCAUGGAAGCGACAAUGUGCUCAAAGCCCUGGACAGUGUUGGACAAAAUGGCGCUACUUCCAAGCUGAAACAAUUUUCAUUGGAAAAUAUGAUUCCCAAUAAAGAAAAGCUUAAAAAAUAUUACCGUUAUCAAGGCUCAUUAACGACUCCUGGUUGUAAUGAAGCAGUGAUUUGGACGGUGUUUCCAGAACCCAUUCAGUGGAGCAAGAGUCAGCUCAAUAAAUUUCCUGAACGUCUCUUCUUCAGUGGCUCGAAACCCAUGGUUAAAAACUUCAGAACGGUUCAAAAUCUAAAGGGUCGCAUGGUCUAUGUUUCAAAUUCAGCUGUUAGAUCUUUUCACGUUGCACUGCUGUGGUCUGUACUUGUCUGGGCAUCUGUAUUAUUUAACUGACCAACCUAAAGAUUCGAUUCAUAUGGAGUUUCCUCUCCUGCCUCACGGAUUUAAAAGGAAAUCCCAGUAAUAAAAUUUGCCAAACUCCACAGGUUAACUCUAAGCAACAUUUACUUUGCUGUUAGAAGGUUCCCGAAGGGAAAAUGAGUAAGAUAGUCUAUCCUCUUGUCACUUUACUCUACCAGCACAGUUCCAUGAUAGGAGGUACUCGUAGACUUGCUUAUUAUUUUCAGAGAAUGUGCGGGGUGGUAUAAUGGGGGCUGUUUAAUCAAAAAAACCUUAUUAAAGCAUGUUUGGCUUCAAUCAACUGAUGCCUUUCUAAGCCAAACGAAACAGGAAGGCAUUUUAAGUUGUGAUAAGUUAAAUACUUGCAAAAGAAAGGAAAACAAAGCAUUUGAACACCUACUGUAUGUUUUACUUCCUCAAAGUCUGUAACAAAGGAGCUGGUGAUUUUGUUCAGCUUCAGAAAGAGCAACUGUCUGUACAAUUGUCACAAGUUGCUUUCACCCUUUCAUUGAUGAAGCCGGCACAGCUUCAUAAGGGAAGACAGUGAAAGUAAUGAGGGCUAUGGAUUGUGGGACAGUGGUAGUGAGGAAGUUUUUUUUUAACCUGUUUCAGAAAGAUGUCAGGGUGAUUUUAAUUCAGGAAAUGACAAAGUUUGACCCUUGGAAAACUGAAAAGAGGGAUGUCAGUUGUAUGGAGACUGGAAAAUCUGGGAUUGGGUAAUAGAGUAGAGGAGAGCAACUUUCUCCUUUAUGUGCUGAUUUAGAAUACAGUAGUAGGAAGCUGAGGGUACUACAUAUACUUGAAAAGAUAAAAAAUAUUCAGGGCAAUAAGGAUCAAGGCUAACUGGAGAUUUAGUUCAAAGGUGCAAUGCGUUCCAAAUGGCUUCCUUCCAUGCUGAAAGAUUCCACUAGUUCAGGACAGAAUUCUUAAGAAAUUUGGAAAUGCAAGAGUGCAGAGCCUGGAAUUUGGAGCAGAGCAAAUAAAGUAACUGGAAGAAUUCAGUGAGCUGAGCAACAUCUGUGUGAGCACAGAGGUUGUGGUUCUGUACCUGGUCUAAGAUGGCCGGAGUAUAGAAGCAGGAGCAAGAGUAGAGACAGAGGCUGGUAGGUGAUGGGUGGACACAGAUAAGGGAAGAAUUGUGGGCAGACGGAACCAUAUAGGAGAGGGGAGAAGGACAGCACAGGAGUCAAGGGAGAAGAAACCCUGGUGGAUAGGUUUGUGGGUGUUGGGGCAGAUGGAACCUACCCACCAGGGUUUCUUCUCACUUGGUUCUCCUUUGUUAUUCUCUCCCCGUCUUCUACCUGGUUCCAUCCAUUAUGUCUUGGUGCUCCCUUUCUUCUCCCCAUCCAGUUUCAUCUGCCUAGUUGUCCUCCCGUCCUAUCUCUUACCACCAAUUACCCACCCAGCUUUGUCUCAUCCCUCGCUCUUGCUCCUUUAUACUGGCUUGCUUCCAUUAAAACUCCCAUUCCUAAAAUAUCAAGCAUCCCUUUGUCUUUACAGCUGAUGCAUAACCCACUGAGUUCUCCCAGCAGUUUAGUUUUUUGUUUCCAAGGAAUUUCUCUGGAAAACUGAGACUAAACUCUUUGUGGGGUUCUGAGGGCCCAGUGUGAUUACUCCUUGCCAAAACAAAAAAUCUUGAGUGAUUCUAUAAUAUUCUCACCUAUUCGCUUACAUACUUGAAUAUUCUCACUUGAUUUUACUACGUAGGAAAUCUUCUGCUGCAUCCCCACUCACAGCUGAAUUAAAAUUCACGCCGGAAUCUGCCAUUGACAUUAGACAUGCAUUCAAAACUGAUCCUUAUGAAGGAGACUGCUGGCUUGGGAAAGUCAGUCCUAUAUAAGGUUGAAACUGAUUACAAUAUAUUGAGAUGGAACUGAAUAUGUUUAUGUUGAAUUAUGUUGAAUUGAAUAUGUUUUGAAUAUGCUUCAAUCUCGUUACGUCAUAAGUAGAUUUAUUUUAAAAUUCAAAGCGCUAAUAUAAUAAAUAUCUUUUUGAAAUGCCUGCCUUAAGUUUCCUUCUAAAAUAGAUUUUUGUUUCUGGAAUUGCUUCACUUUGCUAAAUGUUUUAAUGUGAUGCAUUCAUUUUGUUUUUUAUGGAAUUGACGGUAAGCUUUUCAUAGUGGGCAUUAGGUAUAGACUUGGAACUGAAGAAAUCCAUGCUGAACAAAUUGGAAUUGCUUUAAUUUUUCAUCUGUUUUUCUACUCUCAAAACCACCGUUUAGGAACUGACAGUUAACUAAGAAAAUAUAUAAUUAAAAAUGUAUCCAGUUUAAUCUUUGUCAGCAUUAACUUUAAAUAAAUAUGUAACUGCACUGGUGAGAAGUAUUGCUCAUUGCAGUGUCCCAAAAUGGUGCCAUUACACCAGCAAUUAGCCUUUUGGAAAACUAUUCCAUUCUUCAAUCAUGUUUAAUGCAAUUCUUCCAACUAAGACAAUUGCAUUUGUAACCUUAAUGAUAGAGUAGGUAAAAAGAGGAAAUAAAAUUUUAUACUUGAAAUUAAUUUUUCCACUUAUUUUAAAAUAAUCAGUAAUACUUGUUCACAUAAACUUUUGAAAAUGUUGUAGGCUGUCUCUUGUAGGUUUAUUAAAUGUGGUGCGGUCUCCCGUUGUUGACUGAUACAUGAUUUUUGAUACAUGAUAUUUUUUUUUUGAAGGGUCAUUUUCAUUGUUUUAGCCUAGAACAAUGCCAGUUUUUUUUUUGGUAAAAUCAGUUAGGAAGUCUUUUGCAUAACCCAGGUCAUGUUUAAAUCUGUACAGCCUUUGUACUCACACCAGGAUCUGAGUUUGAAUUUCGAGAAAGGUUCUGAGUGAUUAACAGGAUUGUCACUGGAUAUUGUUUGUUCACCAGUGCUGAGAUACUUUACCUCAUUGCAGUUACUAAUUGAACAGCAUUUAUGGAGUUCUGAGAACUAUGAGGAAUGAGAUUAGGCAGGGAAUAAUCUUCAAAAUAGAAGAGAAAUGAUACUGGUCUAUUGUAAGCAGAUAGAUAAGUUACAGCAGUUGUAUUGAGUUUAGUCAGUACUGUCCUCAGUAAGAUCAAAAUUCCUUAAUGUGAAAGAGGUUGGGCUGUGUCAGUAAUAUAUAUGCCUAUGUAUUUAUCCUUUGUGCUCAGGAAACUGGCUUUCCUUAAAUAUAUAAUGCAUGCAUAUAACAUAUACAUUGACUUGUGUGAUAAUAAUUGCAAUUUAGUUAAUUUCAAGCAUGGAGGUUCUCUAAAUGUAGAUACAGAAGGAAUUUCUUUUCAUGCACUAUAGAAUGAUACAAUUUGGAUUGUACCAGAGUCAUCUCAAGAAUAGAAGAACAUUGCUGACAAAAAAAAAGUUAUGGGCUCAAACAAGAAGAAAAAAAUAAUCCGUCCAGUUCUGUUCUUGUCUGGCGAGAGUGGCCGAGCCCAAAGUAGUUGAUUUUUUUUCCCCAUGUGCUUUCUAAGUGUACUGUUGCUAACUAACACCAGAACAAUAUCUUUCAGAACAAGUGUGGUUGAUUUCCUCUUUUACCUAUAUUGGAGAAAUAUAUUUUUGUUAGAAUUUAAUGUUUGAAUAAGAAUUAUAAAAUAGUCAAUGUUCUCAAAUUGUACUGUAUAUUACUGGGAAGUUAUGGCAAAUUUGGAUCCUGUACAAACUGUAUGCAAUAAAGAACUCAUGUAAUAUUUCUGUAGCUUUUGAACUUGUACAAAAAUGUAAAUAAAUUUUUAUAACUACUUGUAAUGU